AUGGAAGACUCAGAUCCCUUACUGAGUGAGCUCUGCUCAAUAUGCCACAUGAACCCGCCGAAAUACCGCUGUCCGCGCUGCUCAACACGAACCUGCUCUCUCCCCUGCACAAGGCGCCACAAGCUCUGGUCACAAUGUUCCGGUGUGCGCGAUCCAGGCGCCUACCUCAAGCGUAGCGAAUUAGCCACAGAAGCGGCCUUUGACCGUGACUUCAAUUUCAUCUCAGGCAUUGAGCGCUCGCUGGAGCGUGCCGACAGGGAUGCCGAGAACAGGGGCAUUGAACUUCAACGUGGGAGCGCUGCAGAUGGCGAGGAUACAAACGAAGCUCUUGCAUCCGGCGCUGCGCGCAAAAGAAAGCACCCGGGCCAGGGUCUUGUAAAAGGCGAAGCUGGAUUCUUGCGCGGUGCGGAGGCUGGCGCCGUGAAGGUUAUGCGCGCGCCGAGGGGCAUGACGAGGAAUAAGCAGAAUACUUCGAGAUGGCAUCCCAAACACAAGUGCCUUAGUUGGACUGUGGAAUGGAUACCGACCUCUGGCGACAAAAUGGUGUGCAACAGUCUUGAGACGCGCACUCUCGCUCAGGCAUACGAUGGCGUCUACCCAAUUCCGAAGGAAGAGAGACCCAAUUGGGACCCCAACAAAGGGCAGAAAGGCGAGGAACAGAACAGCUCUAUAGUCCAUGAGCAAACCGAUGCCACCCAGACCGACGCUGUCGCAACUACGACAGAAACCCCAAACCCGAUCACCGAGAAACAGCCAGCUUCAGAAACAGCGGAGCCGUCUACAAUCCCAGAAGAAGAACUCAACUUUGAUCUUCCCAUCACCCCUCACCGCGGCGUUUACUUCUACCUCCACCGUCCCCGAACAUCCACCAAGAAACCUGUCCUGGCUCCUUUACACCCACGUACAACAUUGGCAAACGCCCUGCGCGAGCGAACAGUUCUAGAGUUUCCUACUCUCUACGUCCUCCCGGACUCGGCAGAAACCCUUGCCGCGAAUGGGGGAGAAUCCCAAUUCAUCCUAGAAGAAGAAUAUCUACGAACAGCGGCACCCGAAGAGGCUGCAGAAUCAGAGAACGAGGGAGCGGAAAUGAACAAUGACGCAGAAUUACAUGGUACCAAGGACAUCGGGAAUGUUGAUGAGCAAAAGGUGAUGGAAGUGUUGAAGCAGGAUUUAUUUGACAAUGUGCCUGAGGAGUCAUAG